GCAAAAUCAUAACUUAGCUAGAUCCCACUUCUGUUAGUAGAAAUGGGAACAAAUACAAAAGGGACGAUGUCUCAAUUGGGGACCCUUUUAAUCACUCUUUUAGUGGUUAUUGUAUCUUUAAGCUUCCCAUCAUUGACCACCGCAAACUACCCCUAUUCAUCACCACCUCCACCAACCAAGAAAUCUCCACCACCACCAACACCUCAUUAUCUUUACAAGUCACCACCACCACCUCCACCUGUUUAUAAGUCUCCACCACCACCACCAAAGAAACCCUAUAAAUACAAGUCACCACCACCACCUCCAAAGACGCACUAUAUAUACAAGUCCCCACCACCGCCUCCGCCAAAGAAACAUUACGAAUACAAGUCCCCACCACCACCUCUGCCAAAGAAACAUUACGAAUAUAAGUCCCCACCACCACCUCCGCCAAAGAAACAUUACUAUUACAAGUCCCCACCACCACCUCCGCCAAAGAAACAUUACGAGUACAAGUCCCCACCACCACCUCCGCCAAAGACACACUACAAAUAUAAGUCUCCACCACCACCUCCACCAAAGAAACAUUACGAGUACAAGUCUCCACCACCACCUCCGCCAAAGACACACUAUAAAUACAAGUCCCCACCACCUCCGCCAAAGAAACACUACGAAUACAAGUCCCCACCACCACCUCCGCCAAAGAAACAUUACGAGUACAAGUCCCCACCACCACCUCCGCCAAAGACACACUAUAAAUACAAGUCCCCACCGCCACCUCCGCCAAAGAAACACUACGAAUACAAGUCCCCACCACCACCUCCGCCAAAGAAACAUUACGAGUACAAGUCCCCACCACCACCUCCGCCAAAGAAACACUACGAAUACAAGUCCCCACCACCACCUCCGCCAAAGAAACAUUACGAGUACAAGUCCCCACCACCUCCGCCAAAGAAACAUUAUGAGUACAAGUCACCACCACCACCCCCGCCAAAGACACACUAUAAAUACAAGUCACCACCACCACCACCCCCGCCAAAGAAACAUUACGAGUACAAGUCACCACCACCACCUCCGCCAAAGACACACUAUAAAUACAUGUCACCACCACCCCCGCCAAAGAAACACUAUGAGCACAAGUCCCCACCACCUCCUACUAAAAAAUACCCACCACCACAUUACUACUACAGUUCACCUCCUCCUCCUCCUCACUAUCAAUAGAUUACUGUUAUAAGAUUUAAUGAAAUAAACAAGUUGAUAUAAUGGGACUAUAUCUUGGACCUCCUGGAAGAUGGAUAUUGUAGCGACGAGAAAGAAUAAACAAGGGUUUGCGAUUGUACCAAAAGUGCUAGUACUUAUAUAUGUACAACUGAUCAUAAAUCGUUAUUGCUUUUCAUGUUGCUUGUU